AAUAUAUGGCAACUGAUUUUAGGGAAUUUGUUCACCACAUUAAUCAGUAUCUGUUAUUCGAAAUUUUCGAAUAUAUGAAUUAAUUUUGGGGAUAUCGGAGAUAAGGAUGGGUAAGAUUUCAAUAAAAUUGCUUCAAGCAGUUUUCACUGUCGAUCUUCUUGCAUUCGCAUCUGGAAACUUCUACAGUUGGUCUUCGACAGCUCUUAUCAAACUCAAGAAUACAGAUCCUGGGAAGAACCCAUUAGGAAGGCCAGUGACAUACUCUGAGGAAUCUUUGAUUGCAUCUCUGUUAAGCUUAGGAGCUAUUUGCGGUCCACUUCUAGCAGGAAUAUGUGCCAAUGCUCUAGGACGAAAAAAUACAAUCUUGCUGUUUUCUUUGCCUAUGCUUGCAUCCAGCCUGAUCUUGACAUUUGCCACAACUACGUUCGAGUUUUAUCUAGCAAGAUUAAUGGCGGGAGUUGGUGUUGGGGGUGUUUAUACAGUGGUACCAAUGUAUAUCGGGGAAAUUGCAGAAACAAAUGUACGUGGAUUUUUAGGAGGAGUUAUGGGUAUAUUCAACGUUCUGGGAAUGUUGCUGGGUUUUGCUGUCGGGCCAUUUGUCGACUUGAAGAUGUUCUGUUUCCUUCAAGUGAUACCAACUGGACUUUUUCUCAUUCUUUGGAAUAGUUAUGUUCCAGAGAGUCCAUUCUAUCAUCUUAUCAAAGAAGACGAAUUCGCUGCUAGAAGAAGUUUGACGUAUCUGAGGAAGUCUUUCGAUGAGAAAGAGAUGGAAAUGAUGAGGGACACUGUCAACAAAUCAACUUCUGAACACAGUCUAUGUGUUAUGUUUUCGAGUCAAGGAUUCAGAAGAGCAUUGAUUUUGACAACGUUAAUAAUGGCCCUUCAACAACUAAUGGGCUCUAUAGCAAUUUUGUCAUAUAUGGAGGAUAUUUUUGCUGCUUCAGGAAGCUCAUUAUCUGCUUCCACAUCAACGAUCAUCGUAGCACUUCUUCAAGUUUGUCUUGUUGUUUUAUCAACAUUCUUAGCAGAUAGGUGGGGAAGAAAACUCUUGCUUAUGAUAUCCGUAGCUACCUGCGCAUUAUCUUUAUUUCCCCUGGGAUUAUAUUUUUUCAUUAAAUACAAUGAAUAUGACGUUUCUCAACUUUGGUUUUUACCGAUACUGUGUAUCGUAUUAUUCUUUGUUGGUUUCAAUUUUGGUUUGUGUACUAUACCAUGGACUUUAGUUGGUGAAUUGUUCACAACUGAAGCUAAAGCAACAGCCUCAUCCAUCACUUCUAUAACAUAUUUUGGCAUGGCUUUUUUGAUGUCAUUCGUUUUCCCUCAUUUGAAGAAUUUUAUUGGCUUCCAUGGAGUUUUUUGGUUUUGUGGUAGUUUUUCCCUUGCGCAUUUAGUUUUCAUUUAUUUCUUUCUUCCGGAGACGAAAGGAAAAACUUUUCAAGAAAUUUUGGACUUGAUGGAAAAAGACAAAAGAAGUGAAUGUUUUGUGAAUAUUAAUCGAAUAUGAGGACU